UUAUAAAAAAGCCUUAACAAAUUUGAUUUUUUCACCAACUCAUAGAGUAUUAUCAGAGCAUCAUAUUCUAAAAGGGCCCCACACUCUAGCAAAAACUCGAUACACACUCUCAAAUCUCAUCUCCCAAAUUACGAGUACGACUCUAUUUUUUCAUCAUUGACAUUUUGCCAAACGUCUCCCUUUUUCCUUCUCUCCACAUAUUCAUCGGAAAAUAAAUUGAUCAAUCGCCGGCAAUCAGACCCAAAUGCAACCAGCAGAUUUCACCGCCGUUCCGCCGCCUUCCUACUAUCAUCAAUACCCACCGCAACAGCCUUCUCCCAGUCCAUUCCCCGCCGUCGAUCAUCACCUUCAACCACCACCGUCCUACGCUUCUGCACCACCUUUCGCCGCCACAAACACCACCACAAAUUCUCAGAAUUAUCCCCCUUUUCCUCAUAAUUACGAUCAUAUCCCUCCAAUUGCGCCUGACGCCCAAGGGUUUUAUUCCCCUCCACCGCCGCCACCUCCGCUUCCGGCGCAACCGCAAUUCUCCUCUACGACGCCGUAUUAUCCCUCUUACGAGUCUAACCUAACGUAUCCCCAAAAUUACCCACCUCCGACAACUUACCCUAAUCCUAAUUCGAACUCCAACCCUAAUUACUACGAAAGUAGCCCAAAAUAUGAUUAUGGGUCGGGUUAUUCUGAUGAGAAUUUAGGUGGGUACGGGAUUUACGGUGGAAAUAGGUCGAAUUUGGGAGGUGGGUAUGAUUACAAGGAUGAUGGUGUGUAUGCUUAUGAGGGGAAAUCCGAGCCUUAUGGUGCUCGAGGGACGGGUUCCAAAUCAUCAACUUGGUCUGGGUUGUUUGAUGAUUAUGGUAGAGCUAUUAACAUUCCUUCCUCCAACUCAUCAAAGAGGGAUAAGGAAAGAUCUAGCUCUUUGAAGGUUGUAAGGGCGGUGCCUAAGGCGGAGAUGAAUACCGAUGUUAAGGAUGGUGUUCAGAAGUUUAAAGUUAAGCUCUUGCCUGAAAGUGGGGGGAGUGUCAUGGAUGUUCUUUGUAUGGUUGGUUUGGAUGGAAUACGUAUGCUUGAUCCUAACACAAAUCGCACAUUGAGGAUAUAUCCAUUGGAUACUGUGACUAGAUGUGAUAAAUAUGACUCAUCUACAUUUGCAUUCUGGUCAAAGACAUCUGUUGAUGUUGAACCUAGGCGUAUUAGACUGCAGUCAAAUAGCUAUACUACAAAUACACUUUUGGACACAGUGACUGCUGCAACUGUGCAGUUCAAAGAGAUGGGUGGGAGUAUACGUCCUGCUGAGCCACCCAAAGCCCUGGAGCAGUCUUCAGACAAGAAAAAAGGUCUUACAGAUUGGAUAAACAAGCUAAAACCGGUCAAUGAAGAGAAAGAUCAUUGGGUCCCUGAUGAAGCUGUAUCAAAGUGUACAGGUUGUGGAUCAGAUUUUAGUGCCUUCAAUCGCAGGCAUCACUGCCGAAACUGUGGAGACAUAUUCUGUGACAAAUGUACUCAGGGUAGAACCCCACUCACUGCUGAAGAUGAUGCUCAAGCUGUUCGUGUGUGUGAUCGAUGCAUGGUACAUGUAACUCAGAGGCUUAGCAGGGCUAAGGAAGCAGCCAGCAGGCCAGCUGCUUUGCACAGUCAUGAAGACCUCGCCAAGAAGCUUCAGGAGGAAAUGGAAAAAAAUUUGAGAAUUUCAUCAGGUUCAAAAUCAGAAGUCUCUAGUAGACGAAUGAGAGAAGUUGCUUGUCCUACUUGCACGGUCCAUUUACAGGUGCAAGUUCCAUCCUCUGGUUCAGAGACUAUUGAGUGUGGCGUUUGUCAGCAUCCAUUCCUCGUGAGUGCUCAUUGAAUAGCAUAUCGCCUCCUCUCUAUCUAUGAAUCACUAUAUUGUGUAGUUUUCCAAUAAUUAACAUUUAAAAACUUUUUAGUGUGAUGUCUUGUUUCCUUCUGGUCAUUUCAAAACUUACCAUAAAUUCUUUGACUGCAUUUGUACAUGGGUUUGUUUUUCCUUUUACCAAAGUGCUGUCUACGAACCGAGAUUCAUACAAUUAUUGUGUUCAAUAAUACAAUGUUGUAUGUGAGUUUUCUUGUUGAUACCUUGUUGUAAAGAUCCGUCUCGGCCACCAUAAUCUAGUGUGGGCUUCAAGGACAGAAAGUUGGUUUCAAUUUUUUCCUCCGCUAUCUAGUUCAUUUGACUAAAUUUCGUGGCUGAUAAGUGAAUUCUGUGGGUUUCAAUUUCGUACUUUGAUACUUAGCACACACUCCAUAAUCGCUGUUUUCUUGCAUCUAAACUUUAAAGAAUAAUCAAAUCGCACGAAGAAUUCCUCGAUUGAGACAACUAAUGCUUCUCUUGAUAGCAAUAGUCAUGUAAUUGACUCGGGCAGGUCCAAGUUUUUUCGAUCCUUAUGAAUGGUUAUGGUUAUGAGUCUAAAAUUCUACAAAAUCUACCUUUGACCUGCCUUUCUUUUUAGGGUUGAGGAUCAAUUUCUAGGGACUUUGUGGAUCUGGGUCUAAUGAAUGGGUAUUUGGAUCUAGAGUCUUUAGGCUCAUAUGCAACUCAGACUCGCUUCAUGUAUGCAUUUAAAACUAGACUUGCUAGAUUUGUUUUAUCA